AUGAAUAACAGCAGUGUUAUUGUGUCUGAAUUUGUCCUUUACUGUAGCAUUAACUCGGAUCAGAAGAACAUCACAGUCUGUGCACUCACUUUCAUCUACCUGCUGUCCCUAUUUGGGAACCUGUUGGUAAUUCUCGUAAUAUUAUGGAAUCCUCAGCUCCAUGCCCCGAUGUAUAUAUACAUCAUGGCCCUAGCAAUCAUAGAUUUGGCUAACAGCACAGUUCUUAUCCCAAAAAUGAUCUCCGUUGUGCUGCUGGACUCCUCGGUGGUGCCCUAUGGAGCCUGUAUGCUACAGAUGUUUGUGAUACUGCAUGUAGAAGAAAUGGAAUCUCUUCUUUUGACAUUCAUGGCAGUAGACCGCUAUAUAGCAGUGAUCUAUCCUCUACGAUAUCCAUCAAUCAUCACAAACAAAACUGUGUGCAUUGGCAUCUUCAUUCUGAAUAUCUUUGGCUUGAUCUUCAAGUCUCCCUUUGUCUUUUUUGCCACAGAACUUUCCUUCUGCCACAGUAAUAUUCUCCCGUAUUGUUUCUGUGAUUACGCUACAAUGGUUCACGUUGCCUGUACCGAAGAUCCCAAGUACUUGAAGUUCCUGUCUGCUGUAGUCAUAACCACUGGCAUUUUCCCAUUGGCACUCAUACUCUUUUCAUACGGUAGGAUUGCUCUGGCUGCAUUAAAAAUCUCUUCAGUGGAAGGGAAAAAAAAAGUUUUCAGCACUUGUCUUACCCAUCUGCUAGUGGUCGGGCUUUUUUAUAUCCCACUUCUGUCAUCUUACAUAUUACCAGGAGCAGGAGUUAAGCUGUCCACCGAAGCCUACAAUACUAUGGUCAUUGUUGGCAAUGUGGUGCCACCGAUGGUAAAUCCCAUAAUCUACAGUUUCCGGAACAAGGAGAUAAAAAGCUGCAUUCUUCGACUUUUCAAAGGAACCAGAGCAGCUCCUUUGCACACCAUCCGCUAA